UGCUUAUUUGGUUUUGUUCACAAAUCUCUCAAACACCCCAUUUGUUUUCUUCUCGUUUCGUUUUGUAAUCACAGAUUCACAGAUCCGUUUCUAUCACAAUGAAUGGCUUCUCUGAUCUUAAUCCUUCUGAGAGCAAACCUUCUCUGUCUCAUCUUGCUCCAUUAGAAGCCAUUCUUUUUGAUGUUGAUGGAACACUCUGUGAUUCAGAUCCCAUUCACCUUAUUGCCUUUCAAGAACUGCUUCAAGAGAUUGGUUUUAACAAUGGUGUCCCAAUUGAUGAGAAAUUCUUUGUUGCUAAUAUUGCUGGAAAGCACAAUUCUGAAAUUGCUCAAAUUCUGUUCCCUGAUGAUGUCCCAAGAGGGUUAAAAUUCUGUGAUGAAAAGGAAGCUCUUUAUCGCAAAAUUGUUGCAGAGAAGAUUAAGCCACUUGAUGGGCUUAUAAAACUGACCAAAUGGAUAGAAGAACGUGGACUGAAACGAGCUGCGGUUACAAACGCGCCAAAAGAAAACGCAGAGCUCAUGAUAUCAAAACUUGGUCUGAGUGAUUUCUUUCAAGCAGUGAUUCUUGGCUCCGAAUGUGAAUAUCCCAAACCACACCCUGGACCAUACUUGAAGGCUCUUGAAGUGCUUAACGUGUCAAAGGAGCACACGCUAGUCUUCGAAGACUCGAUCUCUGGGAUAAAAGCUGGAGUUGCAGCUGGAAUGCCCGUGAUCGGACUCACUACAGGGAAUCCAGCAAGCCUCCUUAUGCAAGCGAAACCCGCUUUUCUCAUCGAGAACUAUGGGGAUCCAAAACUGUUGGCUGUGUUGGAAGAACUUGAUAACAAGGGAAGCUCUCAAAAGUGUUGAGGAAUGAGGAGUUGUGCCUCACUUGUUUGGCUUAAAAGACCACACAGCUAUGAGCAGCCUCUUAAGUUUUACCUUUCCUCUUAGUUGAUUAUUGUUGAAUAAUAAUUCUUUUGAGAAUUAUGACAAUACUAAAGAUUUGUAUUGAUCAUACAUGCACAAUACUACAGAUUUGUAUCCGGAAA